GCUUCGGCUAAUGUUUAUGUGAUCAGCGAGCACCCGAAGGGUUUGAAUAAACAACCAUCGGUAUAAAAUGAGCUAUUAAUUAUAUUGACUCGUUCUUUCGGUUGAGGGGUAGAUAAAGACCACCAUGUUGCCUGACAAAGAUGGUCCAGGUGUGGGAGGCGGACAGAGCUCACCUGAGGGAGAAGACCCCUCAGUGAGUCUUUUUAGAGAGUACCUCCGCCUCAAAACUGUCCACCCAGAGCCGGACUAUGAUGCUGCUCUAAAGUUCCUGGACAGGAUUGCAGGGGAGCUUGGGCUACCCAUGAAAAAGAUUGAGGUUUGUCCAGGCAGAGUCGUUUCCAUCAUGACAUGGGAAGGGACGAACCCUGCCCUGAAAUCCAUUUUACUGAAUUCCCACACAGAUGUUGUGCCUGUUUUCCAGGAACACUGGAAAUACGAUGCUUUCAGUGCUUUCAAAGAUGCAGAGGGCAACAUUUAUGCCCGGGGAACACAGGACAUGAAAUGUGUGACUAUACAGUACAUCCAGGCUGUUCGAAGACUGAGGGCAGAGGGGCGGAAACUGAUGCGCACUGUGCACUUAAUGUUUGUUCCUGAUGAAGAAGUUGGGGGUCACAAGGGAAUGGAAACAUUUGUGAAGCAUCCAGAGUUCCAAAACUUAAACAUUGGCUUUGCACUGGAUGAAGGUCUGGCCAACCCUAAUGAGGCCUUCACCGUCUUCUAUGGGGAGAGGAACCCCUGGUGGAUCACAGUCCACUGCCCAGGCAGCCCAGGUCAUGGCUCCAGGUUUGUGGAAAACACAGCUGCUGAGAAACUGCGCCAAGUCAUCAACUCCUUCCUGGACUUCAGAGAGAAGGAGAAACAAAGGCUAAAUACCAGUGAGUGCUUCACACUAGGUGAUGUCACCACAGUGAAUAUGACAAUGGUCAAAGGAGGCGUGGCCUACAACGUCAUCCCAGCCGAAAUGGACGUGAGCUUUGACCUCAGAAUACCACCUACAGUAAAUUUACAGGACUUUGAAAGGCAGAUCAAAGAGUGGUGUAAAGAAGCAGGAGAGGAUGUCACAUACAAAUUUGCUCAGAAACAUAUGAACCAGAACGUGACUUCAACUGAGGAAGAUGAUCCUUGGUGGAACGCUUUCAGCACAGCCUGCAAAGCAAUGAAUAUGACUCUGGAAAAGGAGAUAUUUCCAGCUGCAACUGACAGCCGUUUUAUCCGAGCUGUUGGCAUCCCUGCUAUCGGCUUUUCCCCUAUGAACCGCACGCCGAUCUUGCUGCAUGAUCACAACGAGUUUCUGAAUGAGCAAGUCUUCCUGAAAGGAAUCAGCGUGUUCGAGAGGCUCAUCCCAGCUCUCGCUAGUGUUCCUGCCUGUCCCAAUGAGGCUUAGAGAAGUCUUCAUCUUUAAUCCUCUCCUACAAUGCUUUUUAUUGAUGACAUUAUUUCACUUGAAAUAUUUGCAGAGAUUACCAAAGAAUAAUGACAUAUAUAUCAUAAGCCAAAACUGAGCACUAAGCCUUUGAUAGGACUAAUUUUCUCUCUUGAUUCUCAGGAUAAAGGCACAGUAAGGUUUUAUUACCAAGUAGUACUUCAGCUUUUUUUUAACAACACACUUACUGUAUGUAAGUAUUGUUGGAUGAGUGGGCGCGAGUGUGUGCAGUAUUAAAGAGAUAUCUAUUGUGAAAACAAUAUUUCUAAUUUGUGUGGAAAAAUCUACCUACUAUAAUGUGUGUAGGACUUUGAUUGAUAAUCAAUCAACUUUAACUGCAUUGCUUUUUUAGAUGUGCUUGAUUUUAACUAUGAUUCCACAAAUAUAGCUUUAAUUAAUAAACUUUUCUUGAAUAAAA